AUGCGAGAGCAUAAGUUGUUCGCGAACCUCAAGAAGUGUAUAUUCGCAGCGAACGAAAUACCUCUUCUUGGCUGCAUCUUGGGUAAAAACGGUGUACGCCCUGAUCCGGAAAAGACCAAGGCGAGUAGCGACUGGCCUGUGCCAGUCGACGUCAAGGGAGUUCGAAAGUUUUUUGGCUUAGCGGCGUACUUGCACAAGUACUCGUGCAACUACGCCGAGAUGACCGUACAUCUCUCUCGUCUGCUAAAGGAUAACGAGAGGUAG